CAUCGCUUGCCGAUGACGCCCCGUGCGCACGGGGCUUAACGUUAACCGCAAAACCCUAUCGGUCGCAGCAACCGCGUGACUUUUAUAUCUACAACAAACGGAUUUACGUUCUGUAUCUUUAUCGGCCGUCUAACUGGCAGUUGAGUCCCGCGGUGACGUGUCCUCGUACUGCUCGUUUAAAUCCGUAAAGCGGCGUCGAUUGCAGUUGGAGCUCAAUAGAAUGGGUUCGGUUUCCAGUACAAAAAGAGCCAUCAUGCCUUCGACCCGAGAUUUCGUCACCGAAUUGAUCGCGAAGGACUCGAUCGUAAUAUUCUCCAAAACGUACUGUCCUUACUGCAACAUGGCCAAGAAGGUGUUCGACUCGCUGAAGAAGACGUACACGGCGAUAGAGUUGGACGACAGGGAGGAUGCGCAGGAGAUACAAGACUUGCUGGGCGAGAUAACCGGUGCCAGGACAGUGCCCCGAGUAUUCCUCAACGGGGAGUGCUUAGGAGGCGGUACCGACGUGAAGAAACUGUACGAGAGUGGCGAGCUCGAAAAAAAAUUUUAAAUCUUCACCACCGAAGCGUCUUGUGAUCAGCUGCAAAUAAUUCGUUCGUAACAAAAGGAGUAAUCUGUUCUAUAUCGCAAUAAAUAAAAUGUCUAUGCUAAUGCCGCAAGAGA